ACAGGUGCGGUAGUGUAACUCCAACACAAUGGGAAAGUUGGGCUCACAGCUGGGGAAAGAGGAGCUCCUGGAUCUACAACCCUAUAACACAAUCCCGAAACCUUGAUUGGUCUGUCUUUAGAUCAUCUUCUAUGAAGAGAAGAACUUCCAUGGUCAUUUUUAUGAGUGCAAUGGAGGCUGUCCCAACCUGCACUCCUUCCUCAUGCACUGUAACUCCUGUAAGGUAGAGAGCGGACUCUGGAUGCUCUACGAACGCCCCAACUACACUGGGUACCAGUACUUCCUGAGGAGUGGAGAAUACUCUGACUACCAGCUCUGGAUGGGUUUCAAUGACUGUGUCAGAUCCUGCCGUGACAUCCCCAUGCACCAAGGGCCGCACAGAAUGAAGGUGUUUGAGCAUGCUGAGUUUGAAGGUCAGAUGAUGGAGCUGACCGAUGACUGCCCCUACCUCUCAGAACGUUUCCAAUAUAAUGAUGUUUACUCCUGCAACGUCAUGGACGGCCACUGGAUCUUCUACGAGCACCCCUACUACAGGGGGUGCCAGUACCUGAUCAGCCCAGGAGACUACAGAAGGUUCCACGAGUGGGGUAGCAUGACUGCCAGGGUGGGCUCCAUCAGACGUAUCACUACGGAAUUAACGUAAAUGUGUUCAUUGCUAAAUCGUUAGGGAAUAAAGUCAUGAACAUUC